CUUCUGCCUCCUCCCCUCCCCAGACAACAAUUCUCUCUGGGUCCUCCCCUGACCUUCAUGGUGAAAGAUUUCCAUCGCCUUCGAGUCGGUCGUUUCCUUCUGCCCGACACCCCAACAGCUUUUUUUCUUCUUGUCGAGACAGCCGCGCUUCGAAACAUGGCAAAGUACUGGGAACAACGGGGCAAGUCAAAGGAAUUGCCUGCCGUCUCGUCAUUGUCGUUACCGUCGCGGCUGGCCCAAAUUUCCAAUGGGAUCGCUGACUGGCUAGUGAUUUCGAGGAACGGUCCAAGAGGUACGCUGAAGGUUAAGUACCUUGGAUCAUGCACUUUGGGGCCUUGGAGCCGGCUCCACACCCGCCCGACAUGUGUGGUACGUACCACGUGGGUAGGUAAAGGUAUGCUUGUUCCUCCAGCUCCCGUCCCAGUUGAUGGGAGAAAGUGUGGAAGUCUCCAAAGAUUUCGUGUCUUGGUUGAUGCUGGCUUUGCGCUCGUUCGUUCAUCAGUCUUUUGCCUGGGACUUGCAAAGCCUCGACCAGGGUCCAGGGCCUCAGGCUGAUCCCUUUCCCUAUCCUCCCCCUCCCCGUCUGGCGAGUUCCCUGCUGCUCCUGAUCCGACUGCGACAGGUGUGUGUGCGCAUGUGUGCGUGUGUGCGCCGCCUGCAACUGCAUCGUCGUGCCGCUGCACCGAUGGGGACGGAGGCAUACAUCGGGUCGUUGGUGGUCGCGGUAGUGUC